CGGUUCUCCCGGGACCACCUCAGUCUGUCCGGCGGCUCCAGCUGCCGCGGUUCGGACAGCCGGGUCGGGUUCCUCCGGGUCAGAGGGGAGAUGGGAAUCGUUUAGGAGCUGCAGCGUCAGGAAGGAAGUUUGGUUAGUAAAUCCUGAUCCCGUCCGCAGAGACGAACCGAACCGAACCUCCAGGAUGCUGUCAGGGAACCCCGGGACUUUAGUUCUGAUCCACGGAUCCGGAUCUUCUCUGAGGAACGAGAUUAUUUCAGUUUUUGUUCUGGAAUCAGGAGGAAGUUUGAUCUGCAUCUUCUGAACUCUGAGGAGGAAAUCUGGAUUUUCCUUCCAGAUCCAACAGAACCUUAAGGAGUUCGGUUUCCUGACUGCAGAUUCGAUCAUUUAGGAGUAAAAAGGAAAACAUCGGAUUUACCUGGCAGGUACUGAAGAUUCUCUCUGUGAAGUAAAGAUCCAGGAUUUCCUGCAGCUCCGUUUCCUUCCACCAGGAAAUCUUUUUGUCUUUAGUGUCGUUUUUAUCAUGCCAAGUUUUUUUAACAAACGCCAAGCUGAGGAUUUGUAGAAAACCUGACGGAGCAGCAUCAUGUUGGAGAAACAACUUUCUGAUGCAACCAGAAGAAUCUGGAAAUGAAACGGAUUCAUUUCUGCAGCUUCCAGCUGGACGAUGGUCAGGUCAGCCAGUUUCCACCAAACAGGGUUCUCUCUGUUUUCUUGGGUUUCAAAGCAAAGUUUUACAAUAAACCUGAAAUAUUUUAUUCAAAUUAAAAGCAAAAGAAAAUUAGAAAAUUAGAAGCAGAAGUUAACAAAAACAAACAAGAACUCCUGAAGGAUUUUCUUCACUUUGGCAACAAACACAUCAUGAAAACCAUCCAGAGAUGAAAAAUGGAGAAUUAAACUCUGACGAUACGCAGAUGACAACGUUAUUUAUAUCAAAGCUCAGAAAAGUUCAUCUGAGUUUGUUAAUCUGAGCUCAUCUGGUUUAAUAAGGGAUUAUAAUUCCCUCUGAAGUUGGACGAGUGUUUGGUUUGUUUCCUCUGGUCGCCAUGUUGCCUGGAGCGCCGGGCGGCGGUGCAGGCAGCGGCGGGUGCGGCGGCGGCGGACGCUGCCUGCUGCGCUGGCUGGGCCUGCGGCUCUGGUCCCGCCGGGGAACGCUGCUGUUCGCUCUGCUCUGGUUCGGAUCCUGGCUCUUCCUCAACGGCCUGGUUCUGGUCCACCGGACCAUCCUGUCCGACUUCUGCACCGACGACAAGAGCAAGAGGAUCCUGCAGCGUCUGUGUCUGGACUUCAGCCGCGGCUCGCUGAGCGGAGAUCUGUGUGAGGAUCUGUGUGUCGGCGGCCUGGUGGAGUAUCAGCGCUGCCUUUAUUACGAGAACGGAAAGAAAGUGAUGGAGGCGAGAUGGAGAGGAAACCGGGUCAUCCUCAAGUCCAAACUGGAGAACUUCUCCUCCUACGAGCCGCUGGGCCUCCUGGACUACCAGGAAACCGGAGAGGAGCUGUCGGCGCUGGACGUGGUUCUGUACGCCACUCUGGAGGUGAGAAACUCUCUGGGUCUGGCUGAGGAGGAGGAAGAGGAGGGAGGAGGAAGGAACGGCUCCCUGUGGAGGCAGAAACUGAAGCUGAGAGAGAAAAGUUACUCCAGAGCCGAACUGGGCUCCCUGUGGGCUCUGCUGCAGCAGGAGGAGUACACCUUCCUCAGAGUCCUGCAGGACCUCAGCCCCCAUGUGGCCCAGGUUCUGGGCUCCUGCGGCCAUUUCUACGCCGUGGAGUUCCUGUCGGCCGGACACGCCUGGGACCAGAACCUGUUCUCCAUGGACGAGGUGCCGGGUCACGCUGGAGGUUCUGGUCGGUGGAGCUCCAGGCUGGUGGUGCAUCGGAUCGCGCUGAGCUUCAUGGACAUGGUCCGGCACUUCGACAACGACUUCACUCACAAACUGCACCUGUGUGACGUCAAACCAGAGAACUUCGCAGUCAGGAAGGAUCUGACGGUGAGUCGGUCCAUUCAGGAGGUUCUGACGGAGGUUCUGACGGUGAGUCGGUCCAUUCAGGAGGUUCUGACGGUGGUGGCCAUCGACGUGGACAUGGCGUUCUUCGAGCCCAAGAUGAGGGACAUCCUGGAGCAGAACUGCAGCAGCGACGACGACUGUAACUUCUUCGACUGCUGGUCCAGGUGUGAGGCGGAGCGACGGCGCUGCAGCCCGCGGCGCCGGAACACCAACCUGCAGGUGAUCUGUGAGAAAAUCUUCAGGCCGUGGUUUUCUCCCACCGUUCUGGGGGCCAAAGCAGGGCUCCCCCUGCAGGUGGAGCUGCAGCGAGCCGUGCAGGACUGCUCCGAGACCGACGGCGACGAGGGCGGAGCCCGCCGGGUCCAUCAGCGCCUCCUCGCCGUCCUCAGAGCCCUGCUGCAGGAGGAAGUGGCUCCUGAGGACAGGAAGUGGACAGAGGACGAACCGGAGAGCGUCCACAUGGCUCUGAACUUCUGAGAGGAACCAAACAAAACGUCCUGAAGAUCGGACCUGCUGCUUCCAGAACCUCUUCAUCAGAACCUCUUCAUCAGAACCUCUUCAUCACAUCAGAUCAAAUAUUCUGAACUUUUUCACCAACAUGGAGAAACUUUAUUUUGAUCUGCAGAGAAAAUCCCAAAUAUUUAACAAAAUAAUAUUAAUAAUAUUUACAAAAUAAUCUCAGAUCUGGUAGUAAAACAAGCCAGAACGGAUCAGAACCGGUCGGGUUCUGGUCGUCUCUUCUUGUUCUUUGAGUGUAAAAAUGUAAAAAGACUUUUUGUAAAGAUUGUUGUGAUUUUGAUGGAUCUGGAUCAGAACCAGUUCUGGAUUUUCUUCUUAUAGCAGAAUUUGGUAACGUGGAUGGAUUAGGCUCCGCCCCCUCCUCUUCAUCACAUAGCCGGUAACCAUGACAACGGAAAAGGCAGUUAAACCCAGCAGAGCCUCGUUACCAAGUUCUGCUCCGACCCGUUUGGUCUCAGUGAGAUUUAUUCUGUUUUUCUCAUUUAAGGAGAAAAUAAAACAUUUUCAUCUUCUGCAAAAAAGAUUUAUUAAAUAAAAAGUUUCUUUGUUUAAUAAAAUGAACAUUUUUCUGUCCAUAAAAUAUUCAACUGAAUUUCACCAGAAACUGAUUUAUUUCCACAUGAAUUUGAUGAUAUUUGUGUUUAUUUGAAGGAUUUUUGGCUGUAAAUUUAAUAAAAUAA